GCACCCGGCCGACUCGCUGACCUCAGCUGUCCGUGGCCUCCGUGGCCCCAGGCGAAGGAACCCAGGCCGGCCGGCCGGGUCCUAGGUUCCACCUGCCUGGGGGCUGCGCGUGGGAGGGCGCGCCCCACCCGGAGGACCGAGACCACGCGGCCGCCGAGGGUCAGGGCGAGCCGCCAGGCUCCCGUCCCACGCAGGCCCGCGGGCGUCCGAACGAAGCCGCAUCCACUGCAGCCCUACGCACCCACCCAGCCAGCACAAAUUAAAGAGAAAACUCUACCCUGCCUCUGUAAGCAGCAUCUCCUUGUGCAAAAGACUCUCCAGCAUGCAGCCACCACCUCAGGCAGUCCCAUCUAGCAUGGCCGGACCACCCCCAGCUGGGAAUCCUCGGAGCAUGUUCUGGGCCAACAGCCCUUAUAGGAGGCCAGCCAGUAAUAAUGCACCAGUGGCUCCCAUAACUCGCCCAUUGCAGCCAGUAACGGAUCCGUUUGCAUUUAAUAGACAGACGCUCCAAAACACACCAGUGGCCAGUUCAUCCAAAAGCAGCCUGCCCAGUUUGCAUGGACCAGCCCUCCCUGUGUUUUCUCAGUGGCCUGGUUUGCCUGUGCCUCCCACAAAUGCUGGGGAUAGCUCCCAAGGACCCCAGGAGCCUCUGUCGGGACCUCUGUCACAGCCCAGAGCAGAUGCCAGCCCAUUUCCUCCUGUGUCCAUCCCUUCAUCGUUCACCGGGCCAGACAGCAGUAGACGUGCUGAAGUCGUCGGUUCUGGCUCAGGGCCUGAAGUUCAGACGCUGCCACGUGCACCUCAGUACAUUCCAGGAAUGGGUCCUGAGCAGCCUCAAGGGGGCCAUCCACAUAAUAGUGGGCCUGGGCCUGACCAACCCUUGAGUAAGCACACCUCACACGAUGGUGCUGUGACCCAAGCAGCAUCCGCUUUUUUCCCCCAACCUAGCCAACAGAUGCCAGGUUCAUGGGGGCUAGUGCAGGGAGGCCCACAGCCUUCUUACCAGCAUCACGCACCCUGCCCAGAGGGACCCAUUCAAAGUUUAGGGCCCCAGGCUGCCAGCUUGCCCCAUUUCCCCUCUCCAUCAAAUCUACACCAGGGGCCUGGCCAUGAGGCCCAUGUUACAGCAGUGUCUCCUCCAGCACCCUUGGCCAGUGGUGGAGGGAAUGAAGUAGUCCACCAGCAAAGUGGAAAUCACUCAUUGAAUAACUUUCCCCCUAAACAUACUUUUGGGCAGAAUUCCAGAAUUGGGAGUAUGUGGGCAAGCCCAGAGUUGAGACAGAAUCCAGGAGUGAAUAAAGACCAUCUGCCAGACCCUGUCCCUGGUCAUCCCUUCACUCAGGGAAACAGCCCCGAAACCCAGGUGUACCAUCCCCCAGGGGCUGCCUCUAGCCAUGCCCUGCCUGAAACAGCCUCGGGAGCUCUCACAAUGUUUUUCCAAGGAGAGACAGAAAAUGAGGAGAAUCUCUCACCCAAAAAAGCAGGCUUCGAUGACCGAUUGGAUUUGGAUGGCUUUCCCUCCGGCUCCGGAUGGGGCCAUCCGCUGCCACCUGCACACGGAGCCGGUAGUGUCUACCAGGCCUUUCUCAAAGGCCCCAGCAGUGAGACUGCCCAACAGGAAGGAGAUGCACAACCUUAUUUUUCUCAGUCUCCGGGGAUCCAGCAUGACAAACAGGCCACUAAAAGCACCACUAGUGAUGCCUGGGGUGACUCUGUGAGUUCCGGGACCCACCAUACUAGCAGUGCACAGUACGAGAACGUUGAAAACCUAGAAUUUGUUCAGAAUCAAGAAGUUUUGCCAAGUGAGCCCCUAGGUGUGGACCCCUCUUCCUUGAGCGAUCAGUUCCGAUGUGGGCCCCUUCCUGGGCCAGCUGUCCCCAGGCCUCUUACUGGGGGUCUCACCAGAGGUGGGGGGCUGAAUCUUGAGAGCCUGGAGACGUCACUGCACCCUACGAGACCUGACAGCGUGUCAUCCAGCUUCAGCAGCCACAGCCACAGGAGUCCUCCUGCAUCAGCCAGGCCCCAGGAAUUGGUAGGUACCUUCAUUCAGCAAGAAGUUGGAAAGCCUGAAGAUGAUCCUUCAGGGAAUUUUUUUAAGCAGAUUGAUUCAUCUCCUGUUGGAGGUGAAGUCGAUGAGAUCACCGGGAGCCAGAAUCUCUGCAGCAGCCUGUCCCAGCCCUCAACCCCAAGUCCCCCCAAACCCACAGGCGUAUUCCAGACAAGUGCAAAUAGUUCUUUUGAACCGGUAAAAUCCCACUUGGUUGGGGUGAAGCCAGUUGAGGCAGAUCGUGCCAACAUGGUGGUUGAAGUGAGGGGGACCCGCAACCGCCAGAAGAAGCACAGGGCAGCUGUCGCACCACCCGAUGCUUCCCCAGGCAACCUGGAGCAGCCACCGGACAACAUGGAGACCCUGUGUGCACCUCAGGCCUGCCCUCUGUCUCUCAGCACCACCGUGGAAGCUGGACACCUGAUUUCACACACAGUGGGACCACCCUUAGAUACUGUGCGCCCAGUGCCUGAGAAGAGGCCCUCAGCCAGGGCCCAGGGGACUGUGAAGUGCGAGAGCCCAGCCACAACUCUAUGGGCACAAAAUGAGCUGCCAGAUUUUGGUGGCAAUGUCCUUCUGGCCCCUGCUGCCCCUGCACUUUAUGUCCCUGUGAAACCAAAGCCGACAGAAGUUGUUCAUCAUCCUGAAAAGGGAGCGUCUGGGCAGCAGCCUCGGAAGCCAGGGUCUGUGCCACCCUUGCCGAACCAAGAAGGUCCUGGUGCUUCUGAGAACCUUGAGAACCCUCCCAAGGUGGGAGAAGAGGAGGCCCUUCUGUUGCAGGCAAGUUCUGGUUAUGCGAGUUUGCUGUCCUCACCGCCCACUGAAUCUUUGCAUAAUCACCCUGUCUUGAUUGCCCAGCCUGAUCAAAGCUAUGCUUUGGCUCAGCCCAGUAAUCUUUCUGUGUCUUUGCUGAGUCCUAAUGAGAAGAAUCAGUCCUGGGGAGACGCUGUGAUGGGGGAGAAAGCCACCGUGAGCAGCGGCCAGGCUCUCAGUCGUGAUCCUGGAGAACAUGCUGCUGUGUCUGGGGUUCCAACCAGUGCUGUCACCCAGAGUCACAUACCACAAGGUUCUGGGCCUUCUGAAAUGAUUUCUAGUCAUCCUGCCAGUUUAUUGGUUCAGCAGCUGUCCCAUCCAGUUCCAAAGAACUCACUUUCUGAAAGCCAAAAGAAUCCUAAUACAGAAAAGGCUCCUCUUGAGUUUGUUAAUAACCCUGCUGGAAGCACAAGUCUGAUGUUAGUUCCACCCGCAGACAGUACCUUGGUGCCUAGUAGCAAUAAGGCAGAUCGCUCCAGUAACUGGGAAGAAGCUGCUGGAGCCCUAGACUUCACAUUAAAUAGGACUUUGGAAAAUUCUGUGAGAAUGUAUAGCCCACCCCACUCAGAUGGCACAGCUUCUCAGCAGGCUUUUGCCACUCAUCCCAGAGAGUCUGGGCCUGGGCCACAUAACCCAGACCAUUUCUACCAGCAGGUAACAAAAGGUGCCCAGGACCAGUAUGGCGUAGAAAGAGCCCAGCCCGAGCUAGUGACUCCUCAGCCACAGACUUCUCCCUCACAAAUGCCCCAAGUGACAUGUCCGGAGCCUUCAAGUCCAGAAAGUCUACCCACACAAGGACAGUCUGAAAGCUCUGCCCAGCCACCAGCAAGUCCAGCUCCAACCGACACAGGCCAGCAGCCACUACCUCGGCCACCUCAGUCCUCCAGUGCAUCAGUUGUGUCUACCAGCUCCAGCCAGGCAGCUGUGCGGUCAGAGCAGCCGUGGCUACACCCGCCGCCUCCGAGCGCUUUUGCCCUACAACCUCAAGACUUUAUAUCCUGCUACUAUUACAGACCCCUGUAUGACGCCUACCCGCCUCAGUACCUGUCAGGGUACCCGUCGGAUCCUGGGACGGCCUCCCUGUAUUACCAGGAUUUCUAUGGCCCGUAUGAGCCUCGAUACAGGCCCUGUGACAGCUCAGCGUCUGCUUAUGCCGAGAACUACCGAUACCCUGAGCCCGAGCGGCCCAGCUCCCGAGCCAGUCACUGCUCAGACCGGCCCACUCCCAGACACAGGUAUCCUGAAGGCCACUACAGCUCCAAAAGUGGAUGGAGCAGUCAGAGCGACUACUAUGCAAAGUAUUACUCUGGCCAGUAUGAUUAUGGAGACCCAGGUCGCUGGGAUCACUACUAUGGGUCUCGCCUCAGGGACCCUGGCACCUGGGAUCGGAGGUACUGGUAUGACUCAGAACACCUCCCGUAUCGGAAGGAAAACUGCGCUUACAGUGACAGGACCGAGAACUAUGACGAUCAUUGGAGGUAUGACCCUCGCUUCACGGGUAGCUUCGAUGACGACACUGAGCUCCCCAGGGACCCCUACGGGGAAGAGGCGGACAGGCACAGCAUCCACAGUGAGCACUCGGCACGGAGCCUGCACAGCACGCACAGCUUGCCCAGCCGCCGCAGCAGCCUCAGCUCCCACUCACACCAGAGUCAGAUUUACAGAAGCCACAAUGUGACUGCCAGUUCCUUUGAGGCCCCUCAUGCCCCAAGCUCAUUUCAUGGUGAUUAUACCUAUGGCGCCUAUGCCAACAAUUUCAGCGGCGCCCAUGGUUUUCCAGAGUACACCUACCCUGCAGACACCUCCUGGCCUGUUGUGGAGCAAGUUCCAUCAAGACCAACCUCUCCUGAAAAAUUUACAGUGCCUCACGUCUGUGCCAGGUUUGGUCCUGGGGGCCAGCUCAUUAAAGUGAUCCCCAACUUGCCUUCAGAAGGACAGCCUGCACUAGUGGAAGUCCACAGCUUGGAGACCUUACUGCAGCACACAUUUGAGCAAGAGGAGAUGCGUUCCUUCCCAGGACCUCUGGGCAAAGACGACACCCACAAAGUGGAUGUUAUUAAUUUUGCACAGAACAAAGCUACAAAAUGUUUGCAGAAUGAAAGUUUAAUGGACAAAGAGUCUGCAAGUCUUCUGUGGAAUUUCAUUAUUCUGUUAUGCAGACAGAAUGGAACCGUGGUGGGAACAGACAUCGCAGAGCUUUUGUUGCGAGACCACAGAACCGUGUGGCUUCCUGGGAAGUCACCCAAUGAGGCAAACCUGAUAGACUUUACCAAUGAGGCCAUGGGACAAGUAGAAGAGGAGGAAUCUGGGGAGGCUCAGCUCUCAUUUCUCACAGACAGUCAGACGGUAGCCGCCGACGUGCUUGAGAAGGAAACCGAGAGGUUCCGAGAGCUUCUGUUGUAUGGCCGGAAAAAGGAUGCUCUGGAGUCUGCCAUGAAAAACGGCUUAUGGGGUCACGCUCUGCUACUUGCUAGUAAGAUGGAUAGCCGGACACACGCCCGAGUCAUGACCAGGUUUGCUAACAGUCUUCCGAUCAAUGACCCUCUGCAGACUGUCUACCAGCUCAUGUCUGGGCGGAUGCCCGCUGCAUCCACGUGUUGUGGAGAUGAGAAAUGGGGAGAUUGGAGGCCACAUCUGGCGAUGGUUUUGUCCAACCUGAACAACAACAUGGAUGUUGAAUCAAGGACCAUGGCUACGAUGGGUGAUACCCUAGCCUCAAAAGGCCUCCUGGACGCUGCACACUUCUGCUACUUGAUGGCCCAGGUUGGCUUUGGGGUUUAUACAAAGAAAACCACGAAACUUGUCCUGCUAGGUUCAAAUCACAGUUUGCCAUUUUUAAAGUUUGCCACCAAUGAAGCUAUUCAGAGGACAGAGGCUUAUGAGUACGCUCAGUCCCUCGGGGCACACACCUGCUCCCUACCUAACUUCCAGGUGUUCAAGUUCAUCUACUCAUGCCGUCUGGCAGAGAUGGGGCUUGCCACGCAGGCCUUCCACUACUGUGAAGUGAUAGCCAAGAGCAUCCUGAAGGACCCUGCCACCUACUCUCCAGUGCUGAUUAGCCAGCUGGCUCAGAUGGCUUCCCAGUUACGCCUCUUUGACCCUCAGCUGAAGGAGAAGCCAGAAGAGGAGUCCUUUGUAGAGCCUGCCUGGUUGUUGCAGCUGCGGCAUGUGGAGAGGCAAAUCCAGGAGGGUACUGUGCUGUGGAGCCAGGGUGGAACUGACCCCCAGCAGUGUCCUAGCACACCAGGCUCUGAAGUGGAGCAGUUGGACGGCCCAGGACUCAGCCAACAGGCAGGGACUGACAACCCUCUCCUGAUGCUAAGCACUGAGCCCUUGAUGCACGGUGUGCAGCUACUGUCCACAGCUCCACAGACACUCCCUGAUGGCCAGCCAGCCCACCCUGCCAGGGUGCCGGUGUUUCCAGGGCCAAUGUCCCAGCGCCCCCUGGAGCUGGGUCCUGACUAUGGACCCUCAGGGUCAGCACUUGGCUUUCCAGAGUCCUCCAGGCCUGAUCCUGCAGUUCUACACCUGGGGCUGGCCCUACCACCUGCUGCACCAUGUAUCCAGGAAAAUGGGCCUCCACUCCAGGAAGCUAGGAGUUCAGACCCAGGUGUGGAGCCUCGGGAUUCACCUGUCAGACACUCAGCUCCAGAGCUCAGUGAAGAGGAUUUUCAUGGAAACUUGGCUCAUCUGGGCUCCUCCAGGGCAGCACAGGAGUUGGAGACCCCCCCGGCGUGGGAUCAUGGCAGUUCCAGUUUGACAGAGACUGCUCCUGAAGUGAAGAGACCUGCACAGACUGUCAAAAAGGAGGCCAAGGAACCCAAGAAGACUGAGUCCUGGUUCUCUCGUUGGCUGCCUGGAAAGAAAAGGACAGAAGCUCAUCUGCCAGAUGACAGGCACAAAUCAAUUGUUUGGGAUGAAAAGAAAAAUCAAUGGGUGAACUUGAAUGAGCCUGAGGAGGAGAAGAAGGCUCCACCCCCACCUCCAACGUCGUUCCCCAGGGUUCCCCAGGUGGCUCCCACUGGGCCUGCAGGACCACCCACAGCCUCCGUGAACAUGUUUUCUAGAAAAGCAGGUGGGUCCCGAGCUCGCUAUGUGGACGUUCUAAACCCAAGUGGGACGCAGAGGAGUGAGCCAGCUCUUGCUCCUGCAGAUUUUUUUGCUCCACUCGCCCCGCUCCCGAUCCCUCCUAACUUGUUCAUACCACACCCAGAUGCAGAGGAGACACAGCCUACAGAUGGGGCUGGCAGCAGGGGACAGGUGCCAGCUGGGGCUCAGUCUAAGCCAGAGCCCCCCUUGGAAUCCCAGCAGGUGCUAAACUCUGCAGUGUUACCCCCUGGUCCCGAACUCUCAUCAUCUAAACUGGAUGGCUCCCAGGGAGGAGAGCUCUCGCGCUGUAGCUCAAUGAGCUCGCUCUCACAGGAAGUGAGCCGGCAUUUCCAUCAGGCUCCUGGAGACCACUGCCCCACAGGGGGCCCUCCCGGCGGGGCUGUGCCCUUCUACAACCCUGCUCAGCUGGCACAGGCUUCUGCCACCUCGGGGAACUCAAGGACGGGGAGGAUUGGCCAAAGAAAAUACCCAGUAUUGAACUAGAGUCUUUUGUUGUGGAUUCGUGCUUGGAACCCUGAGAUGACUAGAUGACUGUUCUCCACCAAGAAACAAACUGGCUGCCCAGGGUCUCAGAACCCAAACAGACAUGGCAGUAACUCAGAGCCGGUCAUACUGUGUGCCCCCCCCCCCUUUGCCACCCAUGUGUAUGAAUUACUGAAAAAUUGAUUCCAUGGUUCUUUCAGAUGCUGGAUAGACUGAAUUGAAUUCAGUCUUAAAAGAACAAUGUUUCUUUCUUAGUCACUUAAGACAAAUUAAGGAUAUAAUAAAUACUUUCAGUCACUUGAGAACACCCUGAAGACAAUUUAGGCUUCACAGACCAAUCCCAGGGUUCCUUAGGAUGUUGAGAGAAAAAAGUGAGUGCUUGACCCAGAGGAGCCCCAGCUCCACUGCCUGAGCAAGCCCUGCCCUGUUCUGUGAGCCAGCAGGAGUGCACUAGCUGGGUUCUGAGUUCUCCUCCAGCUCCUCCAAAGGGCCGUCAGAUGACAGUGGUCACAGGCUGGGAGGGAGGCCCUGGUUACCAGGGGUAUGCCUCUCCAAGACAUUUCCAGCCUUGCUUCCUUUCCCAUGGCCUGAUUGGGACAGGCAUUUUCAAGUGCUCAGAGAGCAGAGCCAGCAUCACGGCCCAGUCACUGGGAGGAGCCCCAGGAACCUACUGGUUGCCAAGCAGCUGUCAUAGCUGCAUGCUGCAGAGCAUCACCCUCCUGCCAGGCACGUGUGGGAUGUCACCUACAGACAUCUUUUAAGGACUUGCCGGCAUCUCAAAGGGAGUGGCUUCAGGAGGUGUGUUAGCAGACACUCUCUGUACUUGGCAUCUCCACCCUCAAAUGCCCACUGGGACCUUCAACAGCUACUGACUCAGCCUCUGCCUCGGAAGCGUCACUCCAGACUCCGUGCUUUAAGGCCUCGCAGCCCCUUCCUAGAACCGUCCUGUUGAUUUAAGGAGGAGGGGAAGGAGAUAUUUAAAUAUUUAUAAAAAUCUACAGGUGAUUUGAGUCAUUUCUGUCGGGGGGAACAUAAAUGAAUCUUUGAUUUAAUUUAGUUGUAGAAUGUGGAAUUAGGACAGCCCUUCCUGGUUUCCCUCAUCAUCCAGGCAAGACCCACAGAACGUUUCCAGAAUGCUCAUGUAUGAGUGUGCCCGGGCUCUCCUCUUCCUGUCUGUCCCUCAGAAAGCCCUGUCUGUCUGGGUCAGUAGCAACUUGUGUCCCUCCGUGGGACUCGGGCAGGACUCCCUGCAGUGCAGUCCUGCCCAGGCCCUCUGUUGACUGCCGGCCACUUUUGAUUCAAGAAGCGUCCUCCGGUGGGAGCUGCUAUUUUUCCUAAAUUCAAAUUGUUAAAUAAAAUAUUUUGGGCUCUCAAG